AUGUCAGCUGAACAAAUUUCCAAUACUUUCCAAAAAGCCAUGAAUAUUUCUGGUUCUCCUAACGCAGUUUCAACUUCUCCAACUCAAUCAUAUUUAUCACAAUAUUUCCCAGGAGGUAAUCAACAAAAAACUAGUAAAGCUUUAAAACCAUUUUCAACUGGAGAUAUUAAGAUUUUAUUAUUAGAAAAUGUUAAUUUAACUGCAAUUAAUAUUUUCAAAAAUCAAGGAUAUCAAGUUGAAUUUUAUAAAUCCUCAUUACCAGAAGAUGAAUUAAUUGAAAAAAUUAAAGAUGUUCAUGCAAUUGGUAUUAGAUCAAAAACUAAGUUAACUGAAAAAAUAUUACAACACGCUAAAAAUUUAGUUGUUAUUGGAUGUUUUUGUAUUGGUACUAAUCAAGUUGAUUUAGAAUAUGCUGCUAAAUCAGGAAUUUCAGUUUUCAACUCUCCAUUUUCAAAUUCAAGAUCAGUUGCUGAAUUAGUCAUUGCUGAAAUUAUCACUUUAGCCAGACAAUUAGGUGAUCGUUCUAUUGAAUUACACACCGGUACUUGGAAUAAAGUUAGUUCAAAAUGUUGGGAAAUUAGAGGUAAAACUUUAGGUAUUGUUGGUUAUGGUCAUAUUGGUUCUCAAUUAUCGGUUUUGGCUGAAGCCAUGGGUAUGAAUGUCAUCUAUUAUGAUGUUGUGAUGAUUAUGGCCUUAGGUAAUUCAAAACAAGUUGAUACUUUAGAUGAAUUAUUAUCAAAAUCUGAUUUUGUUACUUUACAUGUUCCUGCCACUAGUGAAACUGCUAAUUUAUUAAGUGCUCCUCAAUUUGCUGCAAUGAAAGAUGGUGCUUAUGUUAUCAAUGCUUCAAGAGGUACUGUUGUUGAUAUUGCUGCUUUAGUUCAAGCAAUGAAAUCAGGUAAAAUUGCCGGUGCUGCUUUAGAUGUUUAUCCAAAUGAACCAGCUAAAAAUGGUGAAAAUUUAUUCAAUAAUGAUUUAAACUCUUGGGCUGAAGAAUUAACUUCCUUAAGAAAUGUCAUCUUAACUCCUCAUAUUGGUGGUUCCACUGAAGAAGCUCAGUCUUCAAUUGGUGUUGAAGUUGCUUCUUCUUUAACUAAAUAUAUUAAUGAAGGUAGUUCAAUUGGUGCAGUUAAUUUCCCAGAAGUCUCUUUAAGAGAUUUAGAUUUAGAUCAAGAAAACUCUGUUAGAGUCUUAUAUAUCCAUCAAAAUGUUCCUGGGGUCUUGAAAACUGUUAACAAUAUCUUAUCAAAUCAUAAUAUUGAAAAACAAUUCACCGAUUCAAGAGGUGAUGUUGCCUACUUAAUGGCCGAUAUCUCUCAAGUCGAUCUUGCUGAUAUCAAAUCCUUAUACGAACAAUUAGAACAAACCCCUUACAAAAUCGCAACCCGUUUAUUAUAUUAA